UAUUAACCUGGUAGGCAUGUCAUCCUCUGACGGAAAUCCUGAGAGGUGACUUAGUUACAGCUUAAGCAAUGGACGUUCCCCUGGCACUCCCUUUUGCCACCCUCGUCGUGGUCCUUCUGCUCUCUUCCGGCCCCAUCGCGGCCGAGGUGGAUGCCACAGCUGUGCUUGGAGAGGCGGUCCUGACACUUGACGCAGGCAACUUCUCGGAGGUGGUGGCCAAGCACGAGUUCAUAGUCGUCGAGUUCUACGCGCCAUGGUGUGGCCACUGCAAGGAGCUCGCUCCAGAGUACGAGAAGGCAGCCUCCAUGCUGAGGAAGCGCGACCCUCCAGUGGUGCUCGCGAAGGUGGAUGCGUACGACGAGAGCAACAAGGAGCUCAAGGACAAGUACAAGGUACAUGGGUAUCCGGCCAUCAAGAUCAUCAGGAAAGGAGGGAGCGACGUGAGCGCCUAUGGUGGCCCGAGGGACGCGGAGGGUAUCGUGGAGUACCUCACGAGGCAGGUCGGCCCGGCAUCUCUCGAGAUCAGGUCUGCAGUGGAUGCCUCACGCUCCAUCGGCGACAAAGGGGUGGUUCUUGUGGGUGUAUUUCCUGAGUUUGCUGGUAUUCAGUAUGAGAAUUUUAUGGCCGUGGCAAACAAGAUGCGAACAGACUAUGAUUUCUUUCACACAUCGGAUGCGAGCAUUCUGCCACGUGGUGAUCUGACCGUCAAGGGCCCCCUUCUUCGACUCUUUAAGCCAUUCGAUGAGCUGUUUGUCGAUUCACAAGAUUUUGAUGACGAUGCAAUCAAGAAGUUUAUUGAGGUGUCUGGUUUCCCUACUGUAGUUACUUUCGACGCAGACCCGACCAACCAUAAGUUUAUUGAAAGAUACUACAGCACGCCUAGUGCCAAAGCAAUGCUUUUCUUGCGCUUCAGUGACGACAGAGUUGAGACCUUCAAGAGCCAGAUGCAUGAAGCAGCCAGGCAGCUCAGCGGUAAUAACAUCAGUUUUCUAAUUGGUGAUGUUUCAACCGCAGACCGUGCCUUCGAGUAUUUCGGGCUCAAAGAAAGUGAUGUUCCCCUCCUCCUCGUGCUAGCAUCUACUGGAAAAUAUCUCAAUCCAACCAUGGAGCCUGACCAGCUCAUACCCUGGAUGAAGCAGUAUAUAUAUGGCAACUUAACACCUUAUGUUAAGUCAGAGCCAAUUCCUAAGGUGAAUGAUCAACCUGUUAAAGUUGUCGUGGCUGACAAUAUUGAUGAAAUUGUUUUUAACUCUGGCAAAAAUGUUCUACUUGAGUUCUAUGCACCUUGGUGCGGUCAUUGCCGGAAGUUGGCCCCGAUUCUGGAGGAAGUUGCGGUCUCGUUGCAAGACGAUGAAGAUGUAGUCAUAGCGAAGAUGGAUGGUACUGCGAACGAUAUCCCGACAGACUUCGCGGUCGAGGGAUACCCAGCGCUGUACUUCUAUUCUUCUAGUGGAGGGGAUCUCUUGACGUAUGACGGGCAGAGGACGGCCAAGGAGCUCAUCAGUUUUAUCAAGAAAAACAGGGGGGCCAAAGCUGCUGCAGUAGAAGUAACCCAGACGGAUGCUGUAGAAGAGGAGGUAACAUCAUCGACUCCAUCGGGGUCCAUUCAAGACGAACUUUAAUCAAGAUGUAUGCAUCGUAUGUGUCCUUUUGUUCCCCGUAACUCCUGUAUUUUGGUGGAGAUGCCACUACACCAGUCUAAUUGCGGUGUUUUGUUGAAAUCUCAACAUUACCAUGAUGAACAAGCCUCCAAAAGAUUUCGUUGUAAUUCUUAGUCAUAAGAGUUAUUUUGUAAUUUCUAGGCUUCAUGGUCCAAAGCAUUUUAGUUGUAAUGGGUAAUGGUUGUCAAGUUUGAAUAAAGUUACAAGUGAUUUAUCAGAAAAAUAGUAUGACUCAACAUUGAGCUCUGAAUUUUUUUUU